UUUAAUAAUAUUUUUAAAUACAUCAAAAAAUUAUAAUAGAAAUAUUUGUUACUUUGAUAACGCCUAUAGAAACAACUUUAAUACAAAGCCUUUGCAAGUUGAACAAUAUAACUUGAGAAAAAGUAAAUGUUCGCUGGCAACUCCACUCCUAGUUCAGCCACAGGUUUUUCUCUUCAAGGGGGUUCUUCCUUUAAGGCCCCCGCAACAACUCCUUAUCAGUCUAACGGUUAUCACUCUCUUAACUGGCCAUGCGGGGGGUACUUCUUUUGGAAUAACUAGUUCUACUGCGAAUCCCAGUGCUACCGGUUCUUUCUUUGGCGGGUCGUCAGCCACUUCGGGUCAGACUUUUGGCUCUUCUGGGUCCUCUUCGAUUUUUGGAAACGGAACAAACACUGUCGGCUCUUCUUUUAGCGGGCUGGGAAGUAAUGCGGCUUUCGGCUCCACAAACACAGGCCCUUCUUCCGAAGGGACAACCUCAGCCCCCGUGGGUUCUACUUUUGGUGCUGCUGGGACUACCUCAGGAUUCGCCUCUACCUCUUCUGGAUCUUCUUUUGGUGGAACUGGAAGUAAUGUAGCAUUCAGUUCGGUUCCAAAAGGAUCUUCCUCAAUCAGUAUAUCCGGACCUACUCUAGCCGGGACGGGAGCAAAAUCUACAUUUGAUUCGGGGUCGUCUUUCGGUGGUACCGGAGCUUCGACUGGAUCUUUUGGCGGGACUGGGUUUGGUUCAAGUUCAACGGGGUCUGCUGCUGGCGGAACCGGAAUGAACUCUGCUUUUGGUUCCGGAACAAACACAACUGCUUUAGGCACAAACUUUACGGGAUCCGCUUUUAGUGGGGCUGGAACUAAACCAAUGAACACUAUCUCGGCAACGUCGGGAUCAUUUGGUGUACCUCAGCAUCCGGAGGGGCUGGGUCGGCUCCAGCGUUUAGCUUGGCUCCCACUGGGGCCCUGUCAACAUCCAAUUUAACAAGUACGGGCUUCGCUCUGGGCGGCACGGCGCCAACUUCUUCUUUUGGACAAUCUUCGGCGAAUCCCGCUCUCGGCAUGUCCUUUACGACCACCACUCCCGGGGCGGGGUCCACUGCGGGGACUUCAUUUGGUUGGAGCGGGGCAUCCACGGGGGGCACGAGCGCUCAGGUAGGCCUAACUCCCACGACUGCUGGUAGUUUUAUGAGUGCUGGUUUUGGAACAAAUCCGUUUGGCUCCUCUAACGCUGCUCUUCAAAGUGCCGUGAGAGGGCAGCCACCUAAUAGCUCCUUAACUCUUCAGGGUUUAGACUCUGUAGAGGUCGACAUCCUCUACAGAAUACAAGAACUAGAGGGUGUUUAUAAUCCGGCUUCACCAGACUACAAAUUUAAGUUUUUUUUUUAUCGCAAGGUAAACGAACCGAGCCACGUUAACUUCGCAUUACAAGAAGGCCGUUCUUUGCAAGAUUUGAUUGGCAUUCCACCCGAAAUACUUCAGAACAACGAUACUGAAGCACAACAGUUAUGGGCUUUAGCGUGCGCGGAUAAUCCAGACAAGAAGAUUUUUAUUCCUGACUUUGUGAAGGGAACUGAAGCUGGACUUCUGAAAAGGCUCAAACAACACGCACAGCACACACAGUUCUUUCAAGCUGCUAUCGCCCGGCUUCAGGCACAACUCGAAACCCUCCGGAAUAGCUUAAAAGCUACUACAGCAUCAUUGCUCGCACAGUGCAAGCGCGAUGUGGUGUCCAAAGCGCAGAGAACCCUCGAAAUCUUCUGUACUCUCGAGUUUUAUAACCAAACUUUUCGGCAUCCUGCCGGGUUAACCCGCAAAGAAGAAGAAAUUCUCUUCAAAUUGGAGGAUAUACAUAAAAAGUUGGUUUCUCCUCCCACUCAGUAUCAAGGUCAGCUAAAUGAACUAAAAACAAUAUAUCGGAUAGAAACCCCUGUGCGGCCUGUGGAGCUUGAUUUUAAUAGUAUAGGAAAAAUAUAUCAGUUUUUAGAACAGCAACAACUCGGACUUAAUCAUUUAUGCGCUAUUAUUAAAGAAGAUUUUCAAAAGAUAAACACGAUGAGAAAUUAUCUUAAGGAUUCCACACUUAAAAAGCGAUAAUUCAUAAUAAAUUCGAAAUGAGCGCGGGGUACAGAAAAGAACUUAUUAAAUAUUUUGAUAUUGACUUAAAGCGACCACUAUUAGUAAGUACAAACGGUUAAGAGUAUAACAGCAUUUAUAAGAAAGCUUUAAACAAUCUGUAU